UUUCCAAGGCGACGGCUCAGCGGUCAGGUGCCGGGAGUCGGGACGCUGGAAAGCUAUUCUGUGGAGAGCUUUCCUGCCGACGGCGGCCGUCGCCUCUGCGGUAUACCGGUGGGGAGGAGAGGGCGACGACGGCGGCCACCGCACCUGCGUGAACCGCGGUCUGCCCAGCCACCGCGGCGCCGGGGCCGGGACCUUGGCGUCCAGGAGGUGGGACACGGUCGGAGAGAGUCCAGGGAAGGAAACCCCGAAGAAGGCGACCGCCGCCCCAGGGUCUCCACUGGAAGAGGCGCCGAGGACUGCGGCUUUUCCCGCAGGGAGUCGAGGAGAGUCGAAGACCUCGGCCACCACCGCAGGGUCUCUCCGGAGAGAGGGAGGGGACGCGAUAGUCGCGAGCCGAGCAGUUGGGCGAGAGCGACGGGGGACCGCCGCGUCCGCGGUAGCGACGCGACCUUCGGGGAGCCCGCAGGCCCGCACCCCAGCACCCCGAGGGUCUUCUGGAUCUCUGUUCCCGAAGCCCAAGAGCCGCGAACCAGCGACUCCGGGGACGGAGGCAGCGACGAGCGCAGCAACUCCUGGGAGGGAGCGAGUGACGCCGGCAGCCGCUGCCCCAGCAGUUCCUGGGACGGAGUCAGCGAUGAUUGGGGCUACGCGGCCAGUGGCUCCUCCCCAGUGAGCGGAGGCGAAGACGCGGGCCGCCUGUGUGGCUUCUGGGAGGGUGAGAGCGAAGAAGAGUCGCGCUCGCGGGGCUCCUGGGAGCGCAGGGAGGACCGCGGGGCCCGCGCCAGCCACGACCAAGCGUCCAGCCGCAGCCGCAGGGGUGGCCGGUGCGCGGGAGCCAGCGAAGACCGCCGCGGCAGCAGGGGCCUGGGCUCAACUCCGCAGAGCCCCAGGACCAGCGCCCGCACCAUGUCUGGGGUGGCCGAUUCCGGCCCCUCCACGACCCCCAGGGAGACUGCAGGCUCCUGUUCCAGGAGGAAGGCACAUAUUGGUAGCAUAUAUGAUGCAGUACGGGCUGGAGAUGUCAAACAACUUUCAGACUUAGUGGAACGUGGAGCCAGCGUUAAUGAAAUGGAUGUUCUCCAUAAAUUUACCCCUUUACAUUGGGCAGCACAUUAUGGAAGUUUAGAGUGCCUUCAUUGGCUGCUCUGGCAUGGUGCUGACACCACUCUAGGAACUGUGAGAGGAUGGACAGCUGCUCACAUAGCUGCAAUCAGGGGUCGGGAUGCUUGUAUGCAGGCUCUCAUAAUCAAUGGAGCCAACCUGGUAGCUCAAGAUGAUCGAGGAUGCACUCCUGUGCACCUUGCUGCCACUCACGGACAUUCUUUCACUUUACAAAUAAUGCUGCGAAGUGGAGUGGAUCCCAGUGUGGCUGAUAAGAGGGAAUGGAGACCUGUACAUUAUGCAGCUUUUCAUGGGCGGCUUGGCUGUUUGCAACUUCUUGUCAAAUGGGGAUGUGGCAUAGAAGAUGUGGACUACAAUGGAAACCUUCCUGUUCACUUAGCCGCCAUGGAAGGACACCUUCAUUGUUUUAAAUUCCUACUCAGAAUGAGCAAUGGAGCACAGGCUCUAAAAGCUUUCAAUGAUAAUGGAGAAAAUGUAUUGGACCUGGCCCAGCGGUUCUUGAAACAGAACAUUUUACAGUAUAUCCAGGGUGCUGAAUAUGAAGGAAGUAAUUCAGAUGAUCAGGAAAAUUUAGCAUUUCCAGGUCAUGUGGCUGCCUUUAAGGGUGAUUUGGAAAUGCUUAAGAAAUUGAUAGGAGAUGGAGUAAUCAAUUUUAAUGAACGUGACAAUAACGGAUCAACUCUAAUGCAUAAAGCUGCAGGGCAAGGCCACAUAGAGUGUUUGCAGUGGUUAAUUAAUGUGGGAGCAGACAGCAAUAUUACCAACAAAGCGGGAGAGAGACCCAGUGAUGUGGCUAAGAGAUUUGCCCAUUUGGCAGCAGUGAAACUAUUAGAGGGGCUACAAAAAUAUGAAAUAGAUGAUGAGACUGAAAUUGAUGGCAGUAAUAUGAAGUUUUUCAUAAGACUUGGUGUUGAGGGAAGCACUGACACCAAGGAUGAUUUAUGCCUGAGUGAAUCAGAUAAAACAGAGGCCAGAAUUGUCAUCUGCACCAGAAACCCUUCAGAGAGAGCCUAUAAGAAAAUUGAAGAAUUGAAACAACUUCUAGCAAUUGCUGAGAGCAACUUCAAACACUUGGGUGGGAUAACAGAAGAGGAUCUAAAACAGAAGGAAGAACAGCUCGAAUCUGAAAGGACCAUCAAAGAGCUGCAGGGCCAGCUGGUGUAUGAACAACUCCGCAGAGAAAAGUUAGAAUAUCAGUUGGAUGAAUAUCGAGCAGAGGUGGAUCAACUCAAAGAAACACUGGAGAAAAUUCAGGUCCCCAAAUUUGUGCCUGUGGAAGAUGAGUUUUGUGAGUCUAGCAAAGAGAAGAGGCGAGUGAAAAAAAAAGUGUCUUCUGGGGGAGUGUUUGUAAGAAGGACACGACAACCCCCAUCUGGAUUCUGUCGAGAGACAUCUGGCCAGCUACAGAAACCCAUCUGGAGACCGGGCCUGACUGCGAGUUUGAUAAGCCAUGACAUCCUUUUCUGGCUUUGUUAUCUUUGGCACGCUUUUGUCCUUUGGCUGUGCUUCUCUCCAGGCUUUAGAUCUCUAGGCACUGGUCCCCUUACCACCUCUGAUCCUCCCUGUAGAUGAACAGUCACCCGCUUUCCUGGUUCUCUUUACUACUAAUGAAUCCCUCAGUCUCCCCACCAUGGA